AUGACUGAUGAGUUUAAGGCUCUCAUUGAUAAUAAGACGUGGGAUUUGGUUCCUCGUACUCCUGCUAUGAAUGUUAUAUGUUGCAUGUGGAUUUAUAAGCACAAAUUAAAGUCAUAUGGUACUCUUGAGCGCUACAAAGCUCGUUUGGUGGGAGAUGGUCGAACUCAGCAAAUGGGGAUUGAUUGUUCUGAUACUUUUAGUCCGGUUGUGAAACCAGCCACUAUCCGGACAGUUCUCUCUUUAGCUCUUACUUAUAACUGGCAUAUUACUCAACUUGAUGUUAAGAAUGCUUUUCUCCAUGGGAACUUAACUGAAACAGCACCACGGGCUUGCUAUCAACGGUUUACCGAUUAUGUCACGCGGUUGGGUUUUCAUCAUAGUUCUAGUGAUCACUCGUUGUUUAUCUACAACCGUGGUAUGGAUAUGGCUUACAUUUUAUUGUAUGUGGAUGACAUCAUUAUGGUUACUUUGUCAAGUAAGCUAAAGCAGAAUUUUAUGUCUCAUUUGUCGGCUGAGUUUGCUAUGAAGGAUCAAGGCCCUCUCAGUUACUUUUUGGGCGUUUCUGUCACUCGCUCUUCUGAUGGUUUAUUCUUGUCUCAAAGCCGUUAUGCUCAUGACAUUCUUCAUCAGGCCAUGAUGCAAGAUUGUAAUCCGGUCUCUACUUCGGGUAAACUCGGUGCUCAAGCGGGUGUUCCUUUUGAUGACCCGACUUUGUAUCGUAGCUUGGCAGGUGCUCUUCAGUAUCUGACGUUUACCCGCCCAGAUAUCUCUUAUGUUGUUCAGCAGGUAUGUAUGCAUAUGCAUGCCCCGUAUAUUGAUCACUUUCUUGCUUUAAAACGCAUCUUGCGAUAUGUCAAAGGCACCCUUGACAUGGGUAUAUGGAUGAGACGACCUUCUUUGUCUCCGCUUGUUGCUUACAAUGAUACUGAUUGGGUUGGUUGUCCCGAUACUAGACGUUCUACAUCUGGGUAUUGUGUCUUUCUAGGGGACAAUCUCCUUUCUUGGUCCUCCAAACAUCAGUCGGUUGUCUCUCGGUCUAGUGUUGAGGCCGAAUAUCGGGGUAUUGCUAAUGUGGUUUCUGAGUUAUGUUGGCUUCGUAAUCUAUUGUUGGAGCUUGGUUGUCCUCUUCAACGAGCCUCCAUGGUAUAUACAGAUAAUGUUAGUGCAGUAAUCCAGUUCAGCAUCAACGAGCCUCCAUUUUGUUCGUGA